AUGGAUUCGGUAAAGCAUUCGGCCGAGGUGAUAGUGGAUUUGACAAAAAUGCACUAUCAUAUGGUUAAUGACAGACUCUCCCGCUACGACCCGGCUGUUCUUGUGCUCGCCGCAUUCGGUGGAACCCUUGUCUACACAAAAGUCGUCCAUUUGUACCGAAAGAGUGAGGAUCCGAUUUUGAAACGUUUGGGCGCCUACGUGUUCUCGCUGCUCCGUAAGAUUCCAUCGGUUCGCGACAAAAUUGAAAAAGAGUUGUCAGCGGAGAAGCCGAAAUUGAUUGAGUCGAUUCAUAAGGAUGAUAAGGAUCGCCAAUUUAUUGCCACGCUCCCGAUCUCCCCGUUAUCCCAGGAGUCAAUUCUAGAGCUCGCCGAUAAAUACGAGAAAUACAAUACAUUUAAUAUCGAUGGCGGCCGAGUUUCCGGCGCGGUUUACACGAAUCGCCACGUGGAACACGUCGCAUUACUCGGAAAAAUUUAUGAGAAAUACGCAUUUUCCAACCCAUUGCAUCCGGAUGUGUUCCCGGGAGCCCGUAAAAUGGAGGCGGAGCUUAUCCGGAUGGUUUUGAACCUUUAUAACGGACCGGAAGACUCAUCGGGAAGUGUGACUUCUGGAGGAACGGAAAGUAUCAUUAUGGCAUGUUUCUCGUACAGAAAUAGAGCUCACUCGAUGGGAAUCGAAGAUCCGGUGAUUCUGGCUGGAAAGACCGCCCAUGCUGCGUUCGAUAAGGCCGCCCAUUUAUGCGGAAUGCGUCUUAGACACGUGCCGGUUGAUGAGAAUAACCGAGUGGACUUGAAGGCGAUGGAAAAAUUGAUUGACUCGAAUGUUUGUGUUCUUGUGGGAAGUGCACCGAAUUUCCCAUCGGGAACCGUGGAUCCGAUUCCGGAGAUUGCGAAGCUCGGCGAGAAAUAUGGAAUCCCAGUGCAUGUGGACGCGUGUCUCGGCGGUUUCAUGAUUCCAUUCAUGAACGACGCCGGCUAUCUUCUCCCAGUUUUUGACUUCAGAAAUCCCGGUGUUACCUCGAUUUCCUGUGAUACACAUAAAUAUGGUUGCACUCCAAAAGGGUCGUCUAUCGUAAUGUACCGUUCCAAGGAGCUUCAUCACUUCCAAUAUUUCUCGUGUCCAGACUGGUGUGGUGGUAUUUACGCCACGCCCACUAUCGCGGGAUCCCGUGCUGGAGCCAACACUGCUGUCGCCUGGGCCACGUUGCUUUCCUUCGGACGUGAUGAAUACGUGAGACGAUGUGCCCAAAUUGUGAAGCAUACCAGAAUGUUGGCUGAGAAAAUCAAGACGAUCCCAUACGUGAAACCGUAUGGAAGCUCGGAUGUGUCACUUGUAGCGUUCAGUGGAAAUGGAGUGAAUAUCUAUGAAGUUUCGGAUAAGAUGAUGAAGUUGGGAUGGAAUUUGAAUACACUACAGAAUCCGUCGGCCAUCCACAUCUGCCUAACCAUUAAUCAGGCACGUGAAGAAGUGGUCAAUCAGUUCGUCGCCGACCUGAAAACCACUUGCGACGAGGUUGCCGCCGCUGGAAACGAGAAACCGAAUCAAGGAAUGGCGGCGAUGUACGGAAUGGCCGCCCAAGUGCCGAAAUCUGUAGUUGAUGAAGUCAUUGCACUGUAUAUCGAUGCCACGUACUCCGCACCGCCAGGAAACAACAAUUAA